AUGCAGCUUGUCUCUUUCGCAAAGGCCUUGAUCCUCUUGCCGGCGCUCGCCGCGGCCACCAGUCUCAGCGGUGUGCCAGCCGGAGCCACUGCGCCGAGGCUUCCUCUGAUCCCAAAGCUCCCUCAAGGGACGGAAAGGUCGUUCUGUAGCUUGCAGCCGCCCUACAGCACUCGCUUCAACAUCAGGAUUGACACGUCCAACUGUCAGAGCGAGAAAGGGUUCGACCUCCAGCUUUCCGCACCGGCUCUGGCCUCGUACGGCCAGUCGCCCGGUUGCAUCCAAGGUUUCCAUCUGACGAACGGCUCCUGGGUGGUCAGCGUGCCCGUCGGUGACGGCGUCAACCUCACCCUCUUCGACCAGCAGUCCGAGACCCACGCUCGUCCCGUCCGGGUCAACAGCUACUACAACGCCACGGGCGAUCUUUCCCUUGGCGCAGAGCCCACGUCGACCCCUGCCCCCUUCGUCGUUUCGGCCGAGCCCCAGCCUUGCACCGAUCUCGACGAGGGCGACAUGGAAAGCUGCAACCGCCCUGUCUGGAAGAUGCAGUUCAACGGCCCUGUCGGAGAUGCGGUGGCGCAGUGGGGCGGGGACGAAAACGAGCAGGAGUGGCGCUGCGGCACCAAGGGCGCUGAUGGCCAGCAUUCCAAGCGAACGGCGCUGGACAAUCACGUCGAGAACGGCGGUUCCUUCGAGCCCGUCACGUACGCAAACGUGUUUCCCGAGGCUUUCAGCGCGCCCUACCUCGUCAUUACCUACUGCGCUCCUCCCGGAUCGCCCGUCAAGACCUGGUGCGGUUCGCCCAACUGA